UUGUGUUAUGCAUAUGCAGCUAUGUCAUAUGCGAGAUAGCCAGCACGUGCAACGGCCAUAUUCCCUCUCCAACUGUCGUUAACGCGAGUGCACCUGUGCGCGCGGAGUACAUGUGAUAUUUAUUAGUGACAGAUUAAUAAUUACAGAACGAGCAAGUUAUCGGGAUGUCGUUCGGCAGCGGUUUUGGAGCGUCCACGUCAACACCCGCACCUACUUUUGCCUUCGGCACGACUCCAGCUUCGACGGCAACACCGGUAAAACCUGUAGCGGGCUUUGGGACGCCUUCGUUCGGCUUCAGCACACCAACCACAUCGGCGCCGAGCUUGUUCGGCACACCGUCAACCCAGACUACCGGCUUUGGCACUGGGGCCAGAUUCGGCACUCCAGCUGCCACGGCAUUUGGCAGCACGUCGACCACAGGCUUCGGGUCAGCGCCUACAUUCGGCACCGCGUCGACCAGUGCUUUCGGUUCAGCGCCGGCUUUCGGCAGCACCCCCGCUUCCUCCACGAACACCGGCUUCGGAACAACCUCGACUUUCGGCAGCACUCCAGCCUGCACCACCGGCUUCGGCGGAUUCGGCACAGCGCCGACGACGUCAACGUUGAGUUUCGGCGGUUUCGGCGGCUUUGGAACAUCCACCACUACCACAUCCGCUCCGAGUCUGUUCGGUAAUUUCGGCACCACGAGUAUCGCCUCGACGGGUUUCGGUUCGUCCACGGGUUUCAACGCGUUCGGUAGCAAGCCAAUCACCACUAGCAACACCACUGGAUUUGGUGGGUUUGGCACAGGAACGGGAUUCGGUGGGUUUGGCACUGGGCUGGGACAGCCUCAGCAACAGCAGCAGCAGCAACAGCAACAGCAGCCCGCGAACAGUUUGUUAGAAGCUCUCUACAAUGCUGUGUUUAAUUGUCAGCUAUACAACGACGAACGAGACAACACUAUCGCCAGAUGGAAUCUCCUUCAGGCACUAUGGGGUACAGGGAAGGCUUAUUAUUCCGUAAACGCCCCGCCUAUAGAACUUACUCAGGAGAAUUCGUUAUGUAGAUUCAAAGCGAUCGGCUACAGUCGUAUACCUGACGCCGACAACAACGACGGUUUAGUAGUGUUGUGCUUCGGUAAGAAAGAGAAGGACGUGCAAGACGGGAAGCAACAGUUGAUCGCCUUCUUAAAUAAUUUGCUGGGCAACAAACCUAAUCUGACGGUGACCGUCGACAAUAUCAAGUCCACUGGCGAAAGUAAGAGCCAAGUGACGGUGUUCGUGUCGGAGAAGGGAAUCACUGGUUCGUACAGAAAAAUCCCUGCCAACGAGUUGGUUGCCUACCUAUCGCAGACCAUGCAGAAGCAACAGUUGAUGCAGAACGGAGUCGAGGACAUAUUCCCGCUGGUCAAGCUCGAUCCGUCGCAGUUGAAGGAGUAUCUAGACAAUCCACCUUGCGCCAUCGACGCGAGAUUGUGGAAGCAGGCGCAGUUGGAUAAUCCUAAUCCAGAGUUGUACAUCCCAGUGCCUAUGAUUGGUUUUCAACAAGUCAAACACAGACUGAAAUGUCAGGAAGAAGAAACCGCUAGGCAUAGAGCGUUCUUGGACAUGGCAGCAGAGAAGAUACAGAGCUUGCAGAGGCAGCAUACCGCCACGCAAGCCAGACUCAAAGAGCACAGACGUACGUUGUUGGAGCUUCAGCAUAGAGUUCUGCAGGUUCUGGUCAGACAAGAGAUUACGCGCAAGGUCGGAUUAUCCCUGCAACCGGAGGAGGAAGUCCUGACGCGCAGGUUCGAAGCGAUGCACUCACAAAUCAGUGCCCCGACGCAGUACAAGGGUAGAAUCAGUGAGAUGCUCUCUCAGCUCAGAAUGAGAAGGCACAUUGAUAUUCAGAAUCAAGAAAGGUACACGAUGGAUCCCAUAGCGCAGGACGAUAUCAAAACGUAUCUAAGCAUGGAGCAACAAGGCAUGGCACAACUUAUCGCGACAAUAAACGCUGAUCUAGAGAGUCUGAAGAUCAUUAAGAAUGCAUAUGUGCCUCAUCAAACACAACAUAGUUAAUCGGCAUAACGCGAAAUAGUCUACGUUCCUCCGGAGUGCUGCAAAUUAAACUGUACGUGGUUAACAGUACGUCAACAUCAUCGAGAUCACCGUUUCGCCAACCCAUUCGCAUCUCUUUCCGUUCAUCUUGAGAG